CUACUUUCUCUCUCUUCCCAUUUUUUUAUUAUUAUUAUUUCUUUAUUUAUUCAUUACCUUGAACUAUAUUCCAAUUGACUGUUCUUGAUCGAUCUAUAAAGCAUCAUGCUUAAAGAUCGUUUAAUUCCGAGUCAUACAAAAAAUGCUACAGAAAUAGAGCCAGCAUCGGCACAUGACGACUUGCAACAUGUUCAUCAAAAUACUCAUCUCGGACUAGACACCACAUUCUGGACUUCUGAUGACAUAGAUCCUUUAUAUAUACCUAGAGAUGUUACAUACGGUCAUGUCCCACCUCGUAGCGAUAGUCUUCGAAGAACACCUAUGGCUUCCAGAAAGCCUAGAAAGCCCAAGGUUCGGGUUGAGUCUAUGCUUGCCGAGGAUCCGUACAUGGAAGGCCCUCCUAUUCUACCCGCCGCACCAAUGAUUCCUGAAAUCAAAAUGGAUCCCGCAGAGAUGAUAUCAAGUGAUUUCUUCUUUGAACAUUUUGGACCCUUAACAGAAGAGGAGAUGGUAGACGAGGAACAGAGAAUAGAACGUGUCACAAGGGUUAUGAGCCGCUUUGAUCUAUCUGCUUUUGCUCAACAACUCAACGAAAACCGACUCUCAGUUAUGCAACCACGCCAGAGUCAUAUUGUUAUGACCGAAGAAGACGAAAUGGAAUUUAUCAAGCUUAUGGCCCAACAAAAAAUACGUCUAAAGAAGGUGUCCCCUGUGCCUACAGAAGUCCCAAAGACCGAAAGAAAUAAUAUGAAUAGUGUUGAGCUGAAAGACAAUAAAAAACUCGAAUUUGAGGAAGAACUUGAGAACAUUAAAUCGGGUUCCAAAGAGCCGGCAAUAAUAAAUAAAGAAGAAAUAAUUGUGCCUACAGGCCCUAAAGACAGCUUAGACGAACCAGAAGAAGUAGAAGAUGUGGAAGAACCAGAAGAGUUAAAUAUUAUUCCACGAAAACCUGCCACUGAGAAAAUGAUGAUUAUGGAUGACAUUAACGCCUAUGAGGAAUACGAUGGUACUGACGAAUCUGAUUAUAUGGAGGAAAUUGAACUUAUCAGAGAGUUCAAUAAUGAAAGCCAUACACUCGAGGUUAUCGAAGAGUCUGCUGAUAAUGAAGAGCUUGAGAUAAUUGAUGAUAAUGAAAAAAUUAAGGGCAAAGAGGAGGCCACAGUGAAAGACGAGGAUAUGCAUGAGACCCCAGUGACUUCUCCAGAUAAAUCACAACCCCCUACAUCUCUUACGCAGGUUCACCUCAUAAUUCCAAAGGAGAAUCCUGAAUAUAAGAGCACUCCUCCACCGACUGAAAUGUGCAAUACUUCCCCUCUCUUGGGUACAUCUACAAUGGAUGAAAAACUAGAAGUAUCUGACCAUAUUUACCAAGCUUCCCAAAACGCCCUGCUCGCAGACCAUACCCAAGAUCAAAAAAUACCUCGUUUGCGUCGACUACUCAAUAGCAAAGGUGUAUCUGGAAAUACGCGCUUCCGCGAGCUUCUUGACAUGAAUGCGCCGCCUCCUCAAGUAUCUGUAACGAUGUCAAUAUCUUCACCUCUAAAGCAAGGUAGUCAAGAACCAGCUUCAGAAACUCUUCCGAAGGAACCCAAACCAACUCGUUCACUUGGUUUGUUUGGAAGUUUAAGACAGGCUACUCGUAGCAGAUCUCAAUCCACAACAUCUAUUCGUGGAUUGAUGAGAAGUUGGGGAAGCACGGGUAACCUACGCCGCGCUGAUCGACACAGUAGUCCUUUGGGAGAUACAAAGGAAGAAAAUAUGCACGGUAAUGAUGGCAGACUUUUAAAGCCUGGGGACAAAAGCACAAUGUCACGCGCUGCUAUGGCUGUCGUUCAGCAUAGUGUUGCUACAAAACAUGGGGCGCCUGUGUUGGAUGAGUAUAAGCAAGGAAAUCUUGGACUUGGACUUGGACCAGAGAAGAAAGCUCCCCUGCAUGAACCCAAGGGGUCCCGGCUUUUGUCGAAUCUACUGUCAAAAGCGACAGUAUCACGUAAAAUCACCAAGAUUGUGAAUAUGAAGCAAGACCGAGAUGGAAAAGAAACUAGUUCAGAAAGAGCAAAAGUAAUCCGACGGACGAUCAUCUAUGUUCCACCCGAUUCGGCAAAUUUUAUGAAGAUCCUUAGAGACUCACCUGUCCCACCACUUCCCAAACUGAACCUUCCAGGGGCAUCUCAGUCGAAACCCAUUUCUAUGGCUGGGAGUGAUAUAAGUGAGGGCGAGUAUGGUCAAGCCACCGUUAUUACACGUCAGCCGUCUACAAAAAGAUAUGUAUCUAAACCAUCUGCUACUGCUACUGGUGCUGCUACUGCUACUGGUGCUGCAAGUGACGCUCCUACUGCUAAUGUAUCCAAACCUCCACUUGAGGGCCUUGAAUUGCGUGAAAUGAGUGACGGAUCAGUUGUUUGGGGUAUUGUUCAAAAGCAUGGCAAUCGCAAGAGUUUUUAUGCGCCGAAGAAUCCUAUGGAAGCAGGAAAAGGAGAAAGUUAUGAAUAUGUCGAGGAAGAAGACGAAGAAACAGAGGAAGAAGUCGAGGAACGUGUACUGGCGUUGAUGGGAUUACAGCCUAUCGAUAGUCCAUCAGAGCCUGAACCAGUUCAUUCUACAUAUCAUGGAUCUGCGUCUACGUCGUCGUCGUCGUCUUCAUUGCCACCACCUCUCCCUCGAAGAUCCUCACGGAGGCGGGCAGCGUCGGUUGAUAGAACGAUUACAAAUCAAAGAUACCCAGUUUCUCAACCUUAUAAACAGGAUUCACAUGCUGAACACGUAUCCACAAUUGCUAGACAAGACAAUUCGACUACUGAUAUCUACUAUGCUCCGGAGAUGACAUUGAAUAACCUGGUUCAAAUCAUGGCUUCAAAACGAACCAACACAGAGGAGGUGUCGAUUGAGGAACAACUGGAUCAAGUUAUGGAGUCAUUUCGUUGCCAUUAAUCCCCCCCUCCUCCCCCCUUUCUCCUAACACCUUUUGUCGGGAGAAAUCCUAUUUUUUACCACUUCUUACUACUACUAUUAUUAUUAUUAUUAUUAUUAUUAUUUUCCUUUAGUUCAUUCUCCAUUGCCGUUCUUUUAUAUACGCGUGUGCGUUUAUUUAUAUAAAAUAAUACAACGUAAAGUACUGGAUGCUUUGCGUAUGUUGAGCACA